UUCAGUACUCCGGCAGGUAUGGUAGCUCAAAUGGACUUCAUUGGAUUCAAGUCGUCCUGACGCACACAAGGUCCGGGCUUUACGCGGAGAGCUGUAUUGGUCUUACACAGCACUAUAAACGAGGAGAACUCAUCAAAAAACAACAAUGAAGCUGGAGGUAUUGUGUGGAAGCCACUAUGACAUGAGACACUUUGAGAUGUCCUGUGAUGCAGAGGGGAGUGUGCGCUCUCCUCUUUCUGCUGAGGAGGAGCUGGGGUCGGAUGGGGACUGCGUGGCGCACAGCCCUCCACCUGUUACUCCAUGCACCGGCACCAAAUCCAAGCCGUACACGCGGAGACCCAAACCUCCGUUCUCGUACAUCGCCCUCAUCGCCAUGGCCAUCCGGGACUCUCCCUCUGGGCGCCUGACUCUGGCGGAAAUAAACGACUAUCUGAUGAAGAAGUUUCCGUUCUUCAGAGGAAGCUACACCGGCUGGAGGAACUCGGUUCGACACAACUUGUCUCUGAACGACUGCUUUCUCAAAGUGCUCCGGGACCCAUCCAGACCUUGGGGGAAGGACAAUUAUUGGAUGCUCAACCCUCACAGCGAAUACACCUUUGCUGAUGGGGUGUUCCGGCGCAGAAGAAAGCGCAUUGAUAAAAAGUUCAGCAGGAAGCCAGAGGUGUCCGAGCUCUCGGAGGGGCCGCAGAGCGUUCAGCAGUCUGCAUCCGCCACCAAGACUGAUUCAUGUGUCAAGUUUACCAGUUCAUUUGCCAUAGACAACAUCCUUAGCAAGCCGUUCAAGAGGGACUCACACAAAGAACAUUUACCAGUCCGCCCUGCCUUCACCUGGCCCUGCUACACUGAACUACUCAUGCCCCAUUCAAAUACACCUGCCUCAUUUUCAUAUGUCAAGACAAUCUGGCACAGGGACUGUGCUGCGCAUGUGUCAACCGCCUAUGACGGUGGGCUGCUCUCACACUGGAGAUAUCAGCAGUAAAUUCGGAGUCUUUUUUUAUUUUUUUAUUUGAUGAUUAAAAAUCAUCACUGUGCACUGAUGAUGGACUGUGGUGGCGAGGUGUUACACGUUAUUACUUUUAUACAUCUGGUCAUUUCCCCCUUGAAGCAUCAUCAGAUUUGAUAUUUUAUACACAGUUCUUUGUUGUAAAUGUUGCUGAACUGACCAUUAACUCGUUGUUUGUUUAAGAAACGUGUUGAAAAUAUGCACUUUUGACUGUUUUGUGUCUCUUUCUUUAAAAAAUGUGCUCUUUACAACUAAAUAAAAAAAA